UUGUGGAAGAAUACGAAAUAAAAGAAAAAGUGAACUUUUAAGCUGUGACAAUACAAAGGCAUAGGAGAUUUCUGCAUAUCUAUGUCCAAUUCUGUGUCCUCUUCUGCUUUGGUUAUUUUUUAACAUUUCCCAUCCUUUAGCCAAAGAAGCGUGCACAAUGUACUAAUAGAUCCUUCUCAACAUUAAUUCACUGAUCCAACCACCAAUAAAAACAUUAACAAGCAAAAGAUACAGUUUUUCUUUAACAUAUCUAUUCUCUAAUUUUACUACAACGAACGUUCUAAUCCAGAACUUGCAACAGAAUUCAGUGAAAAAGUUUAAAUGAAAUAAACUUCAAAAUCUCAUCCACAUACUUCAGAACUCAAAGCAUAUUUAUAAGAAUACUUACAUAGAUUCAGAUUAAUAUUACUCACAGAAGUUUUUACAUCAAAUUCUAAAAAUUUAAACUUGUAAUGUGAGGUGUGAAUAGGCCACCUUUGACACACAAGCCAUCUUCAUAUAUUUGCUCCUCAACUUCACUUGACACACUCCACCUGUCAAGUUUAGUUUACAAAAACACAUUUUUUCGAAGUAGAAGAAGAGUAUUUAAGAUCCCAUUUGUAUUCCCAUGGGAGUAAGCAACAACAUCACUGCGGUGGUGAACUUCAUAGCCCUGUUGGCCUCAAUACCCAUAAUAGGUGCAGGAGUAUGGCUGGCCUCCAAACCAGACAACGAGUGCAUCCACAACUUCCGCUGGCACGUCCUCGUCCUUGGCCUCCUCGUACUCCUCGUCUCUCUAGCUGGCUUUGUCGGAGCUUACUGGAACAAGCAGGGCCUCUUGGCCUUUUACCUUUGUUGCAUGGCCAUCCUCAUCGCUCUUCUCCUUUUCAUCCUCCUCUUUUCUUUCAUCGUUACUAGACCCGAUGGAACCUACUAUGUCCCCGGAAGAGGCUUCAAGGAGUCCAUGCUUGAUGGUUUCUCCCCCUGGCUAAGGAACCAUCUCACUGCCUCUCGUAGUUGGAACAAGAUUACGACUUGUUUGGCUGAUUCCGAUGUCUGCAUUAGGCUCACGCAGGACUACAUAUCUGCUGAUCAGUUCUUCAACUCUCAUAUCUCUCCUUUACAGUCAGGAUGCUGUAAACCUCCAAGUGCUUGCGGAUACAAUUAUGUGAACCCCAUACUGUGGAUAAAUCCUGUGAAUCCAAUGGUGGACUCGGAUUGCUACUUGUGGACUAAUGAGCAGAGUCAACUCUGCUACAACUGCAAUGCAUGCAAGGCAGGUCUUCUGGGGAAUCUCAGAGAAGAGUGGAGAAAAGCAAAUAUCAUUUUGAUGGUGGCAGUUGUUGUCCUCAUCUGGGUCUAUCUCAUUGCAUGCAGUGCCUUCAAAAAUGCACAAACAGAAGACCUUUUCCGUCGCUACAAAAGGGGUUGGGUUUGAUCUUUGUUUCUUCCAUUCAAGGACUAUGAAAAGUAAUGAGAAGUGAUAAAAGGAGAAUUCUUCCAACAUUAAAGUAGUCAGAAAUGGAAUCCUGAUUCACGCUUUCCUGGGUAUAUAAUAAUUCUUAUAUGUCAAAUUGUCCAUGACUUGUUGUAUAUGCAUUUUGAAAUAAUCUUAGAUGUUGGUGGUAUCUGAAAUCU